AUAAUAAUUUAAUAAACAGAAAUAUAAUCUAUGUUACUCUAAUUGAAAAAAAAAAAACAAUUUAUAAACCAAUUAAUAUUAAAUUUUAGUGAUAUUUACAAAUAGGUAUGCAGAAAUUUGAGGAUUUAGAAUCAUUAGAUAACUUUGAAGAAGCAAUUAAAGCUGUUGUAAGAGAUAUUAAAGUAGCAGAGGUACCAAAAAAUAUAAAAAAUUUAUUAGAAGAUGAAGCAUGUAUUAAUUUAACGUCGGAGAGUAAACCAUUUUGGAUUAUGGUUCGAGCUAUUAAAGAAUUUGUCGACAAAGAAGGGAAAGGUUUACUACCCCUCCAGGGAACGAUUCCCGAUAUGACGGCCGAUUCUAAACGUUACAUUGAGUUGCAAAAUGUUUAUAAAAGCCAAGCUAAUUGCGAUGUAAAGUGUGUAGCGGAGAAAGUACAAGAACUGUUGAAUUCGCUUGGGAAGCCUCAAGAUCUAAUUUCUGAAUCAGAUAUACGAUUGUUGUGUAAAAACUGUACAUAUUUGAGAGUAGUUCGUGGACAUCCCUUAACUGAAGAAUAUAAUGCGAAAACAGCUAAAGUUCACGAAAUCACGCAACAUUUAGAUAAUCCAGAUAGUGAAAUGGUAUUUUAUGUUUUACUUAGAGCAGUUGAUAGAUUUUAUGGUGAAUACAAUCGUUAUCCUGGUUACUUCACAGAUCAAGUAGAACCUGAUAUUGUAAAAUUAAAAGGAUGUCUGAAUCGCCUUUUACAAGAAUGGAAUCAUGGACCUCUUGGAAAAGAUGAUUACAUACAUGAAAUGUGUCGUUACGGAGCGUGUGAACUUCAUUCCGUGGCAUCCUUUAUCGGAGGUUGUGCAGCUCAAGAAGUAAUUAAAUUAGUCACGGGACAGUAUGUACCUUUCAAUAAUACAUAUAUUUACAAUGCGAUGACUGCAACUUCUUCUGUUUUCCAACUGUGAUAUGACGUAGAAGCGGUCAUUCGCGGAGCAUUUUAUUUUCAAUUCUGAAGUUUAUAUUGAUGUAAUUUAUUGAAUAAUAAUGCAAUGAUAAUAAAAUUAUUUCAUAUCAGUCAGUUCUCCCAA